AUGCGUCCACCUAUGAAAUCUAGUGGAUCGGCUUCCGCUGCCAGUCGAACACAUGAAAGAUCAAGCAGCUUCGUACGUAAAAGAAGUGAUUAUUCAGAUGUUGGAAAAUAUCGAAGUAAUUUGAAUUUAGCUGCACGUUCGACUACUGAUCUAGUUCAUUCUCCAAGUAUGACAACAUUUCAACCUUGUUAUUAUUUCAAACUAUGUCUUGAGUUCAUGCUCUCUUUGGAAUAUUCAAAAAAACUUUUCAAUAGAAAACAUAAUCGAUGCUAUUGUGAAAAAUGUUAUACAGCUAGUAGUAAGAACUUUUAUGUAGAAGGAGGUUCUAAAUAUGUUAUUCCACGUGGUUGGGUCCGUUUCGGAUUGUAUAUUGAUGAUGCACAAGCACAAGCUGAAAAUAUAUGGAACAAAUGGGUUGUAAGUUAUCAUGGCACAAAUCCUCAAGCAGCAAAAUCCAUCAUUGAACAUCAUCAAUUUCUUCUUCCAGGAGAUCAAUGUAUUGGUGGACAUGUCAUUCGAAUACGUGAAGGUCAUAUUCUGGGCAAAUUUCAAGUAUAUACAUCUCCAACUAUUGCGUAUUCCGGCGAUGAUAUUUACAGUCCAUCUAUUUCAUUUCGUUCAACCUCAGGACAAUCUUAUAAAGCUAAAGUCGUGCUACAAUGUCGUCAACAACCUGGAACAUAUAAGAUUCAAGCUGAAACCAUUGACGCCGGUAGCAGACGUAUAUGUCCGAUUAUUCCUAACAGUGAAGUAGAAUACUUUACAGAAGUACGAUCAUCUAUUAUACCAUAUGGUUUGCUAAUUCGUGUUUUUCAAUAA